UCUGCCUCCUCCUACCACCUCCUGCCACCUCUUACCACCCCCGCCCUACCUGCUCCUCUCCAGAGCAAUAGCACAAGAGGCUCUUGUUUAUGGCAGUUCUGUGCUUUUGGACAGAUCAGCAGCAAUGGCAGCAUUCACUCUGGGCCAGAUUCUGGAGAUUGCCCUUGGGUCAUCAAAAGCUGGAGCCGUUGAUUUUGAGCAACUGUACAAUCUCCUGAAUGGGAUGCUUUUGCACCUGGGCCUGCGGGAUCUGGCUGUCCAGGAGAACGGGGAGCCACUGGAGGGGUCUGAGAGAAGCCCUUUCUCUGCCGCUUUCCUCGAGGAGUUAAUGAGGAGAGUGGAAGCCAAUGAAAAAGAUAUCACUGAGGUCAGGACUCUGUGCCAGGACCUCCGUGAGGAGGUCAUUGAGAUGAAGGUGGAGCAGUCCCGCAUGAUGGAGGACAUGCAGAGGAUGCAGGAGGAGUUUGCCACGAACGUGGAUGAGCUCCGUAACCAGUUGCUGUCUACCAUGACGGAAAUGCUCCAGGGCAAAAAAGGCUCCCGGGACGUGGAUACUCUCUCUGUCCAGUCACGGCCGUUGGAUGACGACCUGAUUGUCAUCGGCAAUGAAAUUACCCUCGUGGAUAGAUCUGUAUCGAGGCUUGGGGACAUGCGGCCUGCCAGCCCUAUGCCCCAGAGGGGCAAGACACCCAGCAGAGGGAAGGGUUUGCUGGAGCCAAAUGCCAGCAGCCAACCGGUCUCCGAGGCACAUGACAUGGGACAGAACGUGGGACGGAGUGACAUGGGACGGAGGGGCAUGGGAUGGGACACAGGACAGAGGGACAUGGGACGGAGGGGCAUGGGAUUGGACACAGGACAGAGGGACAUGGGACAGAGUGACAUGGGACAGAAUGGGGGACAGCAGAAGGUGAGACGAAAGGUGCAGCUGAGCGACACAGGACAGGAUGACGUGGGACAGAUCAAGGAUGGAGAGAUCAAGAUGAGUACUUCCAAGGCAGAGACUCUUCCCAGUGACCUGGAUGUUCCUCCUGAGAUCGCCGAUGUGGGAGAGAUCAUGGAUGAAGAGAGGAAGAUAAGUAUUUCUAAGGCAGAGACUCUUCCCAGUGACCUGGAUGUUCCUCCUGAGAUUAUUGAUGCAGGAGAGAUCAUGGAUACAGACAUCAUGGAUGAAAAGAUCCAAACGAGCAUGUCUAAGGUAGAGGCUUUUCCCAGCCUCCUGGAUGGUUCCCCUGAGAUGACCAGUAUGGGAGAGAUCAAGGAUGGAGAGACCAAGAUGAGCUUCUUCAAGGCUCCUCCUGACGUUCAGAAAAAAGGUUUGGAUAGUGGUUUCACUGCCUCGGGAAUGCAUCCAGGAGCCCCUGGCACCCACCCCCCAGUCCAGCAGGUGCAGCCAAUAGGAGUCCCCCCAGGAUCCCAGAAACUCUGGACCCCAGACAAGAGUGUGGCUGGGACUAGCAGACACCCCCCGACGCGGCCAUCGGCGCCGCCGCAGUCCCCCAGCUUCUCUGGGCACCUGCCCCGUGCUUUCAAGCGGCACCCUUGUGUUCCAGUACCGAGGCGCAGGGAGCUGGCACCCCCGGGCUAUUCCCGCCGAUCACCGCUGUACUCUGGGGGCAAACACACCACCACCUACGCCGUGCAGCCCAUGGAGCCCCUCCUUCCAGACCCCAACAAGCCUGGUGUGUGUGAGCUGAUGGGCAAGGACGGACUCUUGUACCGGGGCCGGACUCCCUAGGGCUGGACUGAGCACCGACUCCAGCCUGCAGCAAUAAAGGGAGAUGAGCAGCCGAGCAACUGUGCCUCCUGAGUGGAGCAGGAUCUUCUCUUCGUGCACAAGGAGAGGCUGGCAGCAUCCCUCAUCUGAGAACAGCC